AUCGUAUCCUAUACGAUAAGGAGCAGUUGCUGUAUCAAGUCUAAAUAAAAACGUUGUUUGCAAUGUAAAAAAUGGUGAUAGUGUCUAAAAACUGUGUAAAUAGGACAAUAUUUAUAUUUUUAUUAUCAUCUGUGUCUUCAGCGUUAGCCUCUAACGACUGCUUAGUGAAAAUAUCAAACACUAGUUGGAGUAUAUUGAUUCAACGUGUAUCAGCAUUUUCCAUAAAACAUGAAAAUGGAGCAUUUUGGGUUGAACCAUUCACUUCUUCCUACUUAGGCUAUUUUAGCUGUAAUGGUAUUUGUAAAUACAACUUUAGUUCUUUUAUCCAAAAUUCGUUGUUAUCCUCUAUAAGAGGAUUACUACAAAAUGAAAAGCUUAAGCAAGAACUAACUGAAGUACUUAAAAAACACAAAUCUUCUGCUAUUACCAUUUUCAUAGAACCAACUGCAAAUAUGGACACCUUCGAAACUAUGUUAAGUAAAGCGACAUUUAAAGAAGGAUUCUAUCUUAACGAAACUAAGAAUACAGGAUUUGUUUGGAAUACUAAAGCUUUAGAUUUAGAACUGUUUUAUGAAGAACCUGGUGGAGAAUACGUAUUGAAACAAAACACAUCUAUACACUUUGCCAAUUUUAGCGUAAAUGGAUCUAGCAUAUUUUUUAGCUUAUUGGAAGAACAACAAUCUGUCUGGACUACUGAUUCAGAUUUUUUAUACUUAUCCCAGAUGCCAUCUAAAUACGUAAAAUCAGUGUACUCUUUGUCAAAUACUUCAAUAAUUGGUAAGAAAAACGUUUGUGAAGAAUCAUCUACAGAACCUCUAAUGCUUCAAGGAGGUUAUCUUAUUUUUGAAAUAAUUGGAGGUACGCUUCUGGUCAUUGUUGUCAUCGCGGUGUCCCUUGCAGUCUGCAGAUGGUAUGUCAAGAAGAGAAGGAAAUCCACCCACGAGCAGCAGCAUCUGAAUUGGAUUUUAAACAACCCCAUGAUCAAGUAUGUACAUCACACAGAAAAUGGUGAUACAGAAGGGGAAUCAAAUGACGAUAAAGUUUAUGUCGAACCUAUAGAAUUUCAUAAUAUCGCCUUCCCUGAACAGAAUAUUCCAACACAAAAUGCUGUAACAAGCGGUGAUCCACAAAGAAUAAGUGUUCAGACCGUUGCGGAUGAAGAGUUUCUGUACGACUAUGCGUAUGGCGCAUUGUCAAAGAAGCCUACCAAAAGUCCUACAUUGCCAAAGAGGCCUACCAAAAGUCCUAAAAGCAGGAAAAAAUCGGAGCCUCAGAAGAAGAUGAGUAUUCCCAUGGAGGACAAGUAUUACAUGUAGACUAGGAUUUUGUAAAUAUUUAAUUUUUUAUAUUAAAUUUUACUCGUUAGUUACGUUUUCUAAUAGUAAGUCUAUUUCUAUAGAUAUUAUAUUCUUAAUAAAUAUUCCAUUUAUGAAACA